UUUCCCCAAGUGAUAGCGACGAGAGAAAUUUAUUUCCUUUGUUCUGCCUUGAGUGUUAUCACUCUCAGACAAAAAAUGACGAAGGAAUUAUCGAUGAGAGGUCUGAUAGUGAUUCUCCUCAGCCUCUCCUUUAUGUCAAAUAAUGGAGUUUUCAGUAUUAGAUUACCAGAUCAGAUUUCUGAUGUUACAAAAGAUUCAACAGUGAAUCAGCCUCUUAAAACUGCUGUUUUCGCACUCGGAAGUUUUUGGAGAUCUGAAUCUGUAUUUGGAUGUUUAAACGGUGUUGUUAGAACUACAGUUGGGUACGCCGGCGGAGCUAAAACCAAUCCUGAAUUCAGAAGCUUGGGAGAUCAUGCUGAAUCCGUUCAGAUUGAGUACGAUCCCAGGUCUAUUGGUUUCAAGCGACUUUUGGAUGUAUUUUGGUCUAGUCAUGAUUCUAGGCAAGUGUUUGGCCAAGGCCCGGACGUGGGUAACCAGUACAGGUCCAUGAUCUUCACAAGUGGACCUGAAGAGGCCAGACUAGCUUCUGUAAGUAAGGAAAGAGAACAAACAAAGUCGAGGAGUAGUAUCGUAACCACACAGAUCCAACAACUUGGAACAUUUUAUCCUGCAGAGCCUGAACAUCAGAAAUUUGAGCUCAAGAGGAACCAUUUCCUUCUUCAGCUGAUUGGAAACUUGCCAGAAGAGGAGCUAGAGAAGUCCAGCCUCGCGGCAAAAUUGAAUGGUUAUGCGGCUGAGCUUUGCCCUCCAAGGAUCCAAAGUCGAAUUGAUUUGAAGAUUGAUGACAUCCUUAGAAAGGGAUGGCCCAUCCUGAGGGAAGUAUAGUUCGUAGUCCACAAAACAAUCGAGCAUGUAUUAUGCAUUACUUUCAAGCUGCUGUUGCAAGCUUGGAAGGUUCAAGAAAGAUGGCGCAGAGAGGGAGGGAGAGAGAGAGAGGUGGGCGGGGUGAGAUUCACAAUUUUUGUAACCUAGUGGCACUCUGUAAUGUUUUUGAAGGUGGGGAAGUUCUUUUAGGGCCUCCUCAUCAUCUCUUAAAAAGAGAAACUGGUUACACAAAAACUAGACUAUUGUUCUUCUUGUGGUGGUUGGUGUGUUCUUGUGUAAGAUACUACAUUGUUUACAUUCGGUAGCAAGAUCUUCAUCUGGACAUGCAAAUUCUAAUUCAGUCC